AUGGAAAAGUAUGAGAAACUCGGUAAAAUCGGUGAAGGAUCGUACGGCGUCGUCUACAAAUGUCGGAACAGAGAUAAUGGAAUGAUCGUUGCGAUCAAGAAAUUCUUCGAAACCGAGGACGAUCCCCAGAUCAAGAAAAUCGCCUUGAGAGAAAUACGGAUGCUCAAGCAACUAAAACAUCCGAAUCUUGUCUCGUUGCUGGAAGUCUUCAAGCGGAAUCGGAAGUUGCAUCUGGUGUUCGAGCACUGUGAUCGUACUGUACUGCAUGACUUGGAGAAAUAUCCGAACGGGGUUCCAGAGGAGCUGACGAAAAAAAUCACAUGGCAACUACUUGAAGCUUUACGGUUUUGUCAUUCGCACAAGUGUAUACACAGGGACGUGAAACCGGAGAACAUUCUCCUCACCAAGAAUGACGUUGUCAAGUUGGCUGACUUCGGCUUCGCUAGGAUAAUCAAUCCUCAAGAAAUGUAUACCGACUACGUAGCAACGCGGUGGUAUCGGAGUCCAGAGCUUCUGGUCGGCGAUACCGUGUACGGCCCACCGGUCGACAUAUGGGCUGUCGGUUGCGUCCUAGCAGAGCUGAUUACUGGUGAAGCUUUGUGGCCGGGAAGGAGUGACAUUGAUCAACUUUACCUUAUUAGGAAGACCAUUGGUGAAUUAUUGCCGCGGCAUAUGUCAGUUUUUCGAUCCAAUCAGUUCUUCUUCGGGCUGUCCAUACCGGAACCUGAUCAACAGGAGCCGCUACCAUUACGGUUACCCAAUGCCACAAGCGUCCAACUUGAUUUUCUUUAUAAGUGCUUUGAAAUGAGUCCUGAUCGAAGAUGGAGUGCUGCUGAACUGCUUCAACAUGGAUACUUCAAUGGGUGGCAAUUACGGCUGAAACCUGAAGAAGUCGGGACACCAACUGUUAUCAAAAAGCAAGGAACAACUAACUACCUGCCCUACCUGAACGGCAAUAUGAAUUCGCUGAAACAACAAUCUCUUCAAGCGAACAACAACAAUCGAAGCUAUUUGCCGACCAUCUAA